GUUCCUGUCUGGACUCUUCCAGCGGCUGUUUCUCGGUCGUUUACCCCGACAAGCACCGAUGACUCGGACUCGGAUCUCACAGUAGCUGGAUGCGCGUUUGAAACGACGGCGAGUCCAUCAUACGACAUAUGAGACGUCGCCUUGACAUCCGACUACACCGGGCUGCAAUUUAGAGGUAGAAGCAGCGUCCAGCCUGCAGGAUGGCUCUGCUGAUGGAGCACCAGUUCAGACAGCUGCCAGCUGACAGACAGGUGGAGACGCGGCCCUUCCUGGAGGCUGUGUCCUACCUCCCUCCAUUCUUUGACUGCCUCGGCUCUACAGUGUUUGCUCCGAUCAAGGCUGACAUAUCUGGGAACAUAACAAAAAUCCGGGCCGUUUAUGACAGCAACCCAGCUCGGUUCAAGACGCUCCAGCAGAUUCUGGAGGCGGAGAAGGAGAUGUAUGGAGCAGAGUGGCCCAAAGUCGGAGCCACCUUGGCACUCAUGUGGCUAAAAAGGGGUCUACGAUUUAUCCAAGUGUUACUUCAGAGUCUGGUGGAUGGGGAGAAGGAUGAAAAUAACCCGAACCUCAUCCGGGUCAAUGCCACCAAAGCCUAUGAAAUAGCCCUGAGGAGGUAUCAUGGCUGGCUGGUACAAAAGCUCUUCAAGGCAGCUCUUUUCGCUGCUCCUUACAGGUCAGAUUUCCUGAAGGCCCUCUCUAAGGGUCGGGAAGUCAAGGAAGAGGAAUGCUUGGAGAAAGUCCGAAAAUUCCUAAUCAACUUCUCAGCUACUGUUGAUGCUGUUUACGAGAUGUACAACAAGGCGAACGCUGAUCUCGACUACACCGUGUGACGACGGGAGGCUCCUUGUUGCUCCGCUGACGCUCUUCGUUUACAAGGUCAUGCACAUGCAGUCAGACUCUGACGUGGUCGCCAUCAGGUCACAUGUCAGUUCAUUGCGGAGGGGUGUGUUCAUGACCCACUGUUUUUACACAUUAUGUGUGCUGUUACUCAUCUGUGUGCCUUUGCUUGCUUUUCCCUCACUCUAUCACUUGAUUCUGGGGCAGGUUUCCUAAAGCAGCUGCAGAUUUUAUUACUAUAUGUCUUUGUUAUUGAUUUUUUAAAUUCUUUUUAUUUUAUUUUAUUUCCAAAGCAAUGACACAUCACCAGCAAGUGAUUUUCAGUCCACUUUCCUCUCAGGUGCUUACUCAACACUGAAUGUGUAUUUCCUUAAAAUCUGACUGUCAUAUGAAGGACAUCCAAAGUGUUGCACUGUUACUUAGCCGUCAAUAAGGUUUUUUUUUUGUAGACAGAGCAUUUCAGAUGCUAGUAGAUGUUAACUGCGAUACUCCAGAUAGUGGUUACACUGAUGGCCAUUGCUUUCUCUGAUUGUCUCUUGUGGAUGGAGUUAUGUUGCAGUGUUAGUGUGUACAGUUCAAAAUAACUGAGCUUUUAUUUUCAACUUGUGUAAACCAGAAUUUUCAUU